GUAAGUUUGUGAUCGCAAACGCUUCCGCUGUGUCUUGAUAUGAUGGUCAAGAUCGACGCUGAGGGGUUCGGAGAUGGAUAUCAUAUACACAAAUCCCCUUGAAGAUGACUCAAAAGAUGCGUUCCUUCACUAAGCCUUCUCUUCCUCUCAACCCAAGCCCAGUGGGACGUCCCCCACUGAGAGCUCAAGCACAUAUCACCUCAUGUCUACACGUCGGGAAUCCACUUCACCAAUACAAAUAGGCCCUGUAGGGCAAUCAUGGCCGCCGUAUCCUCCAGCGGAAGAAACGGAGCUCGAAAGAGCGCUACGACUCGAAGAAGAAAAGGAGGCCAAGAAAAAGUCGGACGUUAUCGACGAGGCAAUAGAGGUCGAGCGGAACGAGUUGAAGAAGCGAAAGCAGUAUAUUAAGGUAUUACUUCUUGGUCAGGCCGAGUCUGGGAAGAGCACCAUCUUAAAGCAAUUCCAGCUUAACUAUGCUCCUAAAGCAUUCCAAGCUGAAUCCGAGGCAUGGCGUGCAGUCAUUCAGCUCAACCUUGUUCGAACGGUGAACUUCAUCCUCGACAUCAUGGCAGGGUCUUCGAACAUGACCAGUGAGGAGAAAGAAUCCGCCGCGACGUACUCAUCUUCACCACAGCCGAAUGCGAAUCGGUCGUCGUCGGAAACUCGUAACGACGACCUUGGACCCUUAAAGACGAGACUAGCACCACUGCGUCAGGUAGAGAUGAUCUUAGUCAAUAGAUUGUCUGCUGAUGAGCCCCGACGAAGCGGAUCUUUGGACGGUCUCACACCAAAGUAUUACAGUCGGGCCUCGGAAGUUUCAAUUCGAGGAGGCACAGGAUGGAAAGCUCUCGUACAACGGAAACAAGAUUCUCGGGGCUCUGAGCCUGACGACCUUGAUCAAGCCAGGCAGAUUCUGGAGACAUGCCAGAAAGAUAUUGUUGCUCUUUGGAAGAGCCCGCCGGUGCAGCAGCAGUUGCGACAGUCGGAUAUCGUUCUACGGGAUCAAUCGGGUUUCUUCCUGGACGACACACGACGAAUUGCUUCUCAGAAAUACAAACCAACAUUCCCGGAUAUCCUCAAAGCUCGUUUACAAACAAUUGGUGUCGAGGAACAUUCAAUGACAUUUGAGUCAGCGGAAGGUCAAUCAGCUGCAGCCCAAGCAGGGAAGACCUGGCUCUUUUACGACGUAGGAGGAAGCAAAGGCCAGCGAGCGGCAUGGGCACCAUAUUUUGACGAUGUGAACGCCAUGAUCUUUCUAUGUUCGAUGGCGGGAUUCAACCAAACUCUAUCCGAAGAUCGAUCCGUUAACCGUCUGCUUGACUCCCUCACCCUCUGGAAGACGAUAUGCUCCUCGAAAUUACUUUCGAACGUUACCUUUAUCCUCCUAUUGAACAAAUGCGAUCUCCUGGAGGCAAAACUUAAAGGCGGGGAGUUGUUCGCUCGGUAUGUUCGGAGCUUUAAGGAAGCGAAUGACUUCAAGCAUGUCUCAGAAUACCUCAGGGGCAAAUUUAUUGCUAUUCAUAAGUCGCAGUCAGCUCGGAAGCGAGCACUGCAUGUUCACCUGACAUGCGCUAUUGACAUUGAAGUCAUGUCGCAUGUUAUUGUCCGUCUCCGGGAGGCUAUCCUCGUUGAUAACCUCAUGUCAGUCGACCUCAUAUGACCUCUGUCCAUUCCAAAAACGAACCUUUCACGCCCAAAGCCCAACGCCCAAUACCAUGCGUCAUCUUUCCCUCAAGCCUUCUUGAAUUUGAUGAGCACAUCAGUGUUUUCUAUCUAACUGUACACAUGGUACCCUACUCUGAGCCUCCGAAUGAAUCUCCACAUAAUUAUCUACCCGUCACAUGAUCCUUUCUGUAUUUCUAAACCGUGUCUUUAUUUUGGAUAUUGAAUACACAAUGCUGAACAUUGAAAACAUCGGUUUUCCUAUUCC